CAAUAACGGCGGCGGUGCCGGCGACUUCUUCGUUCCUUCGCACCCUUUCUCCACACUACCUUGCCUUCCAUGGGUGCUCCUGCUAAGGCAAGGAAGUCCAACAUGGGCAUCAUCGUGCUGGUGCUUGCGUUGCUGCUGACCAUGGUAGUGUCCUUCUUGUUCCUGGCAUUCUUCUCGUACGCGCCUGUGUUGUGCGCGUGCUGUGUGGGCAUCCUGUACGUGAUUGGAUUGUACCUUGGCUUUGAGUCCAAAGCGUGGCACCACGCCCAAGAGUUUGAGAAUCGGUUCUGGACCGUCAUGGCGUUCUUAUUCAGCACGGCGCUGUUCUACAGCAAGGACUCGCCGUUCGCCAUCGGCCGGUACAGCACGUCCCUGGGAUGCGUCCUCGUGAUCGCAUUCACGUUGGCUGUGCAGUUUCUAGACCGACACAUCCAUCGCGAGCAACUGGCGAACCAAGGGCGAAUAACGCGCCCGCAGCUAACCAAGGACAUCAACACGGCGCAUACCAAGACGAGCAUCAUCGCCCAGUGCGUCGCGUCCGUCGAUCCUAUUUAUCUCCCGUCGACCAUCAACUUGAUUGUGAAUGGCGAACAAGUCAAGGGCCAGGAACAACGCGUGCUGGACAUCCUCAUGAAGGCCGAGAAAACCGAACUAAAUUAUAUCCUGGGGCACAUUCAGCUGGCGCUCCUGUUCUACAAAGUCAAGGACCCGUGUCGCACCCACAUCUGCCAGCUGCUCUGCGAGACGCGCGUGAUGGAGCUGACCGUCAACUCGCGCGCGAUCGUGUUGGACGCGCUCAUGCUCAUGAAGCUCACGGCGCACGCCAAGGGCGAGCUAUGGGCCAAGAACAUUCUGCUCCGCACCACGGGCGACGACCUGUCCAUUGUACACUCUAUCAUGAUCACCUCUUGGUAGUCCUCACCAUCCAGUCGAUUGGUGUUGUAGCUCAAGUCCACCACCGACUCGAAAGGCACAGUGCACACGAUGCACCAACUGGUUUACCAUGACAUUCGAAGCGACGCCGUUCGAACGGCGGUACUAAACCACAUCCAGCGUCAAGCCAAGUUCCAACUAGCGCAUAUGCAGAUCAGCACCAAGAACAUUGGCGGCAAGCGCAAGCAGCUCGAGUGGCGCAAGGUGCUGAGCGACGUCGACGACACGCUCGAGUCGUCGGGGGGCAUGUGGCCGGCGGGGGUCGAUCAGUCGUACCCGCGACACACAGUGUACCCCGGCGUGAUCACGUUUUACCGCGAACUGGACCUCGGACCAAACAACAUGGCGGCGUCGUCGUCGACGUGGGAAGACGGCCGGCUUGGGAACCUCACGUUCAUCUCGGCGCGGCCACACGUGUACAAGGACCUGUCGGAGAAGAAAUCGAUCAAAAAGUUUGACCGAUUGCACUCGACGCGGGGUCUGCACUGCUUGCCGUCGAUGCUGGCGGGCAGCGUCGCGAGCGGUACGGCGUUUGUGGUCAAGGGCGACUUGGAGCCGAUGGCGCUCAAAAAAUUCGACAACUUUCGCGAAUACUAUGCCAUCUACCCCGAGUACAAGCACAUUUUCAUCGGGGACAACGGCCAAGGCGACGUCCGCGCCGCGCAGCUCAUCGCCGACACGUACGGGUCGUCCGUGCUGGAGGCGGGGUACUUCCACUUGGUCCAGCCGCUGGAAUCGACCCACGGGUUCACCGACAAGGACACGUAUAAGCGCCAAAACAUCUUCUUCUUCGACACGUACGUGGGCGCGGCCGUGCAGGCGUACCGGCUGCACCAGAUCUCCAAGCGAGGGCUGCAGCAGGUGGCAGAGGAGGCGUCCGCGACCUUCCUCGCCAUGCAGUGGAAGCCCCAUGACGCCGACCGAAGAGAGGCGAACCGCGUCAAGUUGAACGUGGAUUUCACCAGCGCCAACGAAAUCCUCCAGGAGCAGUCGGUGCCGCUGAUCGGCAAGCCCCAGCGGUACGACGUCGGGACCGUCCUCGAGACCCCGUUUGGCAAGGGCCUCAUCGUCGCAUACAACGCUGUCACAGGCAUUUACGCUGUGGACCUUGUCGAGUGGUGGACCCGGUCGGCCAACAAACAACCCGCCAAGGCGUACCUCCCCGAAGCCAGCUUAUCCCGACGCCCACUCAACGACUUCUCAUUGGCCGCGGUCACGACGACCUUGCCGCCGUCGCACAACCCCGGGUCGUACGUCCGAGCGAGCAUGGUGUCGAGUAUGGAUCCGCUGCUGCUGUCGCAAGGCGUGCUGCCACUGCGGACGCCGGUGGUCACCCCCUUCGGCCCCGGCGUCGUGCUGUCGUACCGCCCGGACGACGUGUACAUCGUGCAGGUCCGGCACGUCGGGACCCUCUACUGCCAGCGCCACGUCGUGAGCGUACCCCCCGACAGCACGCCGUCCAGUCGGAGUAGUUUUGUGCGGUCAUCGAUUGGGUACAUUGCAAAAAAGUUCAAGUUCAUGGCGUCGCCGUCGCAAGGGCCGGCGUCGUCGUCGUCGUCGUCCCCCAACCUUCUCGACGACCUCACGACGUUGGACGAACGAACGUUCCCGGAACAUUCCCGCGUACAAACGCCGUUCGGCGUCGGCGUUGUCGUGUCGUACGCUAGGGAUGUGUACCGCGUGACGCUGGUCGAUCCAGCCCUGGCACUCGUCACCGUGUCGGUGCAGACUCGCCACGUCACACUUUUAUCCCCCCCCGGCGACUCUGCCCACCACCAUCCGUUCAGACUGCACACGUUGGUGUCUGUCGCCCCGUUCGGGAUCGCCCGCGUCCAGAGGUUCCGCCCCAAACACUCGAUCUACCAAGUGCAGUUUGUUGCGUCGAGUGGCGGCUCCAUGGUCGGGUACGUGCACGCGUCGACGGUGCGCCCCGUGGUUCGGCCGCGUCGAUUGGUUCGGCAGUGGGCAGUCCACACCAAGGUGCAGUCGCCGUUUGGCCCGGGCAUCGUGUCGGCAGCGACCAACGACGCCGGCGUCGUGGGCGUGACGUUGUCAGCCAGCCGACUCGAAAAUUUCCAAGUGUUUGUCCAAGCCGAUGCGCUAGUCGAGGAGCUGGUCCCUGUCCGGGGGUCCGGGCUGGGGCUGCUGUCGCGGCUGCGGCGCACGACCAUGUGGUUUGACUCGAAACCGCCGCCGGAAAAGGACCCAGUAGUAGCAGGAGGAGGUGCCGCGGAGGCUGCAGCCCCGCCGCCCAACCCCAAGCUCGGCAAACCCGUGCGCACGCUGUGGGGCCCGGGGGUGCUCGAAGCCGUCCGCCCGACCGACGACGUGCACGUGGUCGCGUUCAAGUCGGGCAUGCUCGCGUUCCUGGAUGCGGCCAGUGUCGGCGACGUGGUGGCGGCGGCCAUGGGCGAUGUGGUCAAGACCCCCUUUGGCCAAGGCGUCGUGCUAGGCUACAGAAGACGAGUGUUUGUCGUCCAGUUCUCGUACGCCGUCGGGUACAUCCAGCCGCGGGACCUCGAACGGCUCCCCGACAAAGCCCCGCCCGCCGCGUGUGCCAUCAUGUAAUUCAACACGUCUGUUGCCACUCGUGUUGCAUUGAAGUUGGAGCGACCAAACUCGUACUAGUAAUGUCAACUUACUGGUUGGAGGAAGGUUCACGAUAGAUACUACUGUAGUACAGGACUAGUAUGUAGUACUAGUAGUUCUGACGCUGUGUACUACCUACAGUAGUACGUCACGUUCUCCCGAACAGAUGUGCCUUACGCUUUGC